AUGAAGCUUUAUGGCCUUGGAGUCCUGGUAGCCAUCCUCCUCUGUGAGCAGCAUGGCCUGGCCUUUCAGAGUGGCCAGGUUUUAUCUGCUCUUCCCAGAACCUCUAGGCAAGUUCAAGUUCUUCAGAAUCUUACUGCAACCUAUGAGGUCGUUCUCUGGCAGCCGGUGACAGCUGAAUUCAUCGAAAAGAAAAAGGACGUCCAUUUUUUUGUCAAUGCAUCUGACGUUGACAGCGUUAAAGCCCAUUUGAAUGUGAGCAGGAUUCCAUUUAGCGUCCUGAUGAAAGAUGUGGAGGAUCUAAUCCGGCAGCAGAUUUCCAACGACACAGUCAGCCCCCGGGCCUCCUCGUCUUACUACGAACAGUAUCACUCGCUGGGUGAGAUCUAUUCCUGGAUAGAUGUUAUAACUGAACGGUAUCCUGACAUGCUCCAAAAAAUCUACAUUGGCUCAUCAUAUGAAAAGCACCCACUUUAUGUUUUAAAGGUUUCAGGAAGGAUGCCAAGAGCAAAAAAUGCCAUAUGGAUUGACUGUGGAAUCCAUGCCAGAGAGUGGAUCUCACCUGCUUUCUGCCUGUGGUUCAUAGGCUAUGUAACCCAGUUCUAUGAGAAGGAGAAGCUGUAUACCAGUCUUCUGAGGCACGUGGAUUUCUACAUUAUGCCAGUGAUGAACGUGGACGGCUAUGACUACACAUGGAAAACGAACCGAAUGUGGAGAAAGAACCGUUCUGUCCACAAGAACAACCAAUGUGUGGGCACAGACCUGAACAGGAACUUCGCUUCCAAACACUGGUGUGAGGAAGGAGCCUCAAGCUUCUCCUGCUCGGAAACCUACUGCGGACUUCAUCCCGAGUCGGAGCCCGAGGUGAAGGCGGUGGCUGACUUCCUGAGAAGGAAUAUCAACCACAUCAAAGCUUACAUCAGCAUGCACUCUUACUCCCAACAAAUACUGUUUCCCUACUCCUAUAACAGAAGCAGAAGCAGGGACCAUGAGGAGCUGUCUCUAGUGGCCAGCGAAGCAGCUCACGCGAUUGAAAGUAUUAAUAGAAACACCAGGUAUACGUAUGGCAGUGGCUCAGAAAGUUUGUACCUAGCUCCUGGAGGUUCUGAUGAUUGGAUCUAUGAUUUGGGCAUCAAAUACUCAUUUACUAUUGAACUUCGAGAUAAAGGCAGAUAUGGAUUCUUGCUGCCUGAGAGAUACAUCAAACCCACUUGUGCAGAAGCUCUGGCAGCAGUCUCCAAAAUAGCUUGGCAUGUCAUCAGGAACGUUUAA